AUGCAUUCAGAAAUAUUGAGGUAUAUUGAUCACAUUUUCUGUUCCAAUUCAAGUAAUCCGAACCUCUUGAAUCGUGUCCGGCAUCGGGUAUCGAACGAGAUGAAUGUCUCUCUGAUGCGCCCGUUCACGAUCACUGAGGUUAAAGCUGCGCUUUUUUCCAUGGCACCGGAAAAAGCGCCCGGGCCUGAUGGUAUGUCACCGGCCUUUUACCAGCAUUUCUGGCCGGUGCUUGGGCACGACAUGGCCGUCUUUAUUCUCCAAUGUGUGGCCGAUCAAAGUUUGCCCGAGGGAUUGAAUGAAUCAAAUAUUGUUCUUCUACCAAAGAAGAAGGUCCCGGAAAGGGUGACGGAUUUGCGUCCAAUAGCGCUAUGUAACGUGGUUUAUAAAGUGCUAGCCAAAAUGUUGGCGAAUAGACUUAAAAUGUGCUUGGAGCAGGUUGUGUCGCAAUCGCAAUGUGCCUUUGUCCCAGAAAGGCUCUUGACGGAUAAUGUCAACGAGGAGGCGGUAGGUACUGUUCGUCCCUCUAGGGGGAUCAGACAAGGGGACCCGUUGUCCCCUUAUCUGUUUAUCAUAUGUGCCGAGGGGUUAUCUGUUUUGCUACAGCAAGCGGAGGCGAGGGGUGAUAUUCAUGGGGUGCGUGUGGCCCGGGGUGCCCCAGCCAUUACUCACCUGUUUUUUACUGACGAUAGCUUAUUAUGCUUCAGGGCAAAUCAACAGGAAACUUUGAAGGUUAAGGAGUCUAACAACCUCGGGGUUAAUGAAGCAACAGAUUUAGGCCGGUAUCUGGGCCUUCCGUCAGCUUUGGGCAGAAGUAAAACGGAAUCUUUUCGGUAUGUAGAAGAAAAGGUUCAGGAACGCAUUGGGUCUUGGCAAAAUAAACUCCUCUCGAGGGCCGGGAAGGAAGUUUUGCUUAAGAGCAUUGCUCAAGCCAUGCCUAUAUUUACCAUGUCAAUGUUCUUGUUGCCGUUGCGUGUUUGUGAUACCAUUGAAAAACUGUUUAACAGGUUCUGGUGGGGCGGUGGUGGAACGGGUACGCGAGGAAUCCAUUGGCUGAGAUGGAGCAAAUUGUGUGAGGCAAAGUCGAGGGGCGGGUUGGGGUUCAAACGCCUGCACGAGUUCAAUAUGGCGCUAUUAGCAAAACAAGGGUGGCGUAUCUUAACAAAUCCUGAAUCCCUGGUUAGUCGGUUACUAAAAGAAAAAUAUUUCCCGAGGGGUGGAUUCAUGGAGGCAAAUUUAGGAGGCAAUCCAAGUUAUAUAUGGCGGAGCAUACUAUCGGGGCAAAAAGUUCUGAAGCUGGGAAUUGCCAGGCGCAUUGGUGAUGGUCUUGACACUCGAAUUUGGGAUUGGCCGUGGCUUUUGGAUGGCACCAAACCGACUCUAUACACUCCUUGUAUAGAUGAGCUUAAGGACGCUACGGUAAGUGGCUUACUUACUACUCACGGAACUUGGGAUACGGCCAUCUUACAUGACAUUUUCCAGGAGGAGGAUGUUCAUCGGAUUCUUGCUACACCUGUGAGCCCUCAAUUUAAAGAUGCUUGGCGGUGGUUGGAGGAUAUAAGGGGUAAGUACACGGUGAGACAUGGGUAUCGGCUUCUUAUGAACAGCGGCGAGGAGAAUAAUUAUGUGGGGGAGUUUCACGCUUGGAACACUUUAUGCACUAUGGGGACAGGAGGAUGUUUUAAAUGGUCGGGGCAUGCAGCUAUGGAUCAGUGGCUUGCUAACGCGACCAUGGAGCAAUCAACGACGUUGGCGGCAAUCAUAUGGGUGAUUUGGUCUACAAGGAAUGACAUUGUGUGGCGGGAUAUCCAACCAUCUGUGGCAGCCAUGCAUACGCAAGUGAUGAGGGUAAAAGCUGGCUGGGAAGCGGUGAAUCGAAGGGACGCACGAGAUGAUGACCGCGCCGGGCAUGCAUCAACGUGGGAACCGCCACCUAGCUCAUCCGUAAAGUGCAAUGUGGACGCAGCCACAUUCUCGGAUGGGGCUGGUUAUGGAGCGAUCAUUCGAGAUCAUACUAGACGGUUUAUAGCGGCGAAAAACGGACGCAUCAUGAGCAACCGUGAACCGCUGAUGGUGGAGGCUAUUGCAGCGAGGGAGGCUUUGAAAUGGCUCAAGGAUUUACAUUACCGUAAUAUCAUCCUCGAGUCAGACUGUUUAAAUUUUUGUACCGCUUUUAAUUCCUGCAGUCGUGAUUUUUCUUAUCUGGAUGUAAUUGUUAAGCAAUGCGUGUCUAUUGCUAAUGACAUUGGAAACGUUAGUGUUUGCCAUGUCAGGAGAACAGCGAAUCGUGUGGCUCAUGAACUAGCACGGGCAACAGGGUUCCUCGUCUGUCUCUAG